UUGAAACUCAUUCCAUCGAGUAACGUGGAUGGAGAGUCUCAAAAAGUUAUUCUCGAAAGUUCCGAAGAGGAAUCAGAUGAAGAAGAAAGCUCUGAAGAAAGUCCUACCCCCACUGCAAAGCAAACACAAACAACUUCUGUCGCAGCUGCAAAUCAUAAAGGCCUUCCUUCAAAGAUUUCAUACGAGAAGCAAGAGUUUAUCGCUAGGAGUUGUUGCAAGCAGUUUCUUCAGCAAAUGGUGUUGCGAAAGAAGGGAGAAUGUUUCAGAACAGCUGGAAGGAGUGCAGUCCAGGUUAAAUCGUUAUUAUCGGAGCUGUAUCAAGAACAUCGUGAUGCUUACGAGCUGAUGUUGGCGGACAUUUUGAAAAUUCCAACUCCAGACCAACGCGAAAUUCCUUAUUCGGAUGAUUCGGAAUGGGUAGCGUCUCGGAUCCUUGCCAUCAAUCGAGCACAGAACAGGCUGCUUGUUCCAGCUUUCCCUCCGUGGACGGUGAUGCAGCGUAUGUGGAAAAUAUACGGCCCUUUACAACAAGCCGCUUCUGUCAUCGGAGGCUAUUACGAAAAAUUUGUGAAUGAGUGUGUCAGCGUUGCCUAUAAUCAAUACUACCGACUGUAA